AUGACAGUGGGGGCAAGGAGAAAAGGCAGAGGGCAGGCAAUACAAAACGCGGACAUGAGGGCAGGGGAUAUGCGCGGGAGGGGAAACGCGGGAGGUGUGGACCACGGAGACGGACAGGAGGGGGGCAAAGGACCGGGAGGGGGGCGGCCGCCGGCCGAACAAGGCAGGCAAGGCGAGGUGGCGCAAGGCGGAGGAGAACGGGGGAAGAGAAACGGCGGCACGCGGAGGCAAAGUGCCGGGGCGAGGCAGGCGCCGAAGCGGCCAGAAGCGCCGGGAACGAACAGCGGAAAAAGCCGCACCCGCCCGGCCAGGGGCGGGGCGGGGGGCGCGGGGGGCGGGGGGCCAGGAAGGAGGACCGCCGAGAGACGAACCUGGCGGCGGGCCAAGGGCGGGAAGGAGGGCAGAGCAACAGGCAGAGGGGGGGGCGACAGCCGGAAAAGGGACGCACGGCGACGGCCAGACCGGAGCAAGGGGAAGCGCGACGGCGGGGCAAAGGGACAGGGAACGGGCGGGGACAGAAACCAGAAACAGUGCGAACAACCGGGGGGAGGCAACGGAACGUGGGCGGAGAUGGGGGAGAGAGGAGGAGAAAAACCGGGAACGAGGGCGGGACAAAACAACACGGGGAAGGAACGGAACCCAGGGGGAAAGAAAACACAGAGGGGAUGUGGAAAAAAAGAGGGAAGAGAAGGGGGAGUAAGCAGAGCAGGACAGGGGGAGACAGGGGGGGCAAAGCAGAGGAGGAACGGAACAGGAGAGAGCACACGACGAGGAGGGAAAAGGAGACGGGGAGGAGAAAGACGGGGCGCCGGAGGGAGCGCGGGAAGGGAGGGGGGAGGGAAGAGGGGACGGGCAUAG